CAUACUUUAAAUACGUGAAAUGAAAACCGAGAGUAGUAGGAAAAACCCAUUGAAAACAUAUAUAUAUUGCUUUGUAAUUUAGUCAAAUGAAGGAUUUAUGAAGGAAAGAAUAAUCAGAAUAAGAACAAGAUGAACCUUGAGGACACAGAACUCUCAAUCCAGUUUUACCAUUACGUAGCUGAUAUUGUUGGUUCAGAGGAAGUUGUAAAGACGAGAAGAAGAAUAUUUAUCGCUUUGGAUAAUGUGAUGGAGAGUGCAAACUCCAAGUGUAUAAGCAGUGGAAGUAAGGCGGAAGGACUCGAUCUUAUUGGAAGCGAUUACGAUCAAAUGUUUGUCUGUAAGAAUGUGGGUGUGUACGAGUCUAUACAUGAUGCAGACCUCUCACAUGGGGUUACACUUUUAAUGGAAACCACUGACACAAAACCUGGAUUUACAAAGUUAAGGGCUGUAAAUCCAUCAGAUGCAUAUGUAUCGCUCAGAAAUAAACGGUAUGAAACUGUUGAACGAUCUCUAUUUGUCUCUAGUAAACUUUUUCUGGAAUCCUUUUUACAAAGUCAACAGAACGUUCAAACAAAUGUUCAUAUCAAAAUACAUGGACCCAGUGUAUCUCCAAGUGAUGAAUCAUAUGACGUUACACACUGUUUCCGGAGCAAAAAAUGGAUAGGACCUGCCACACCAUGGAUAAGCAGAUCUUGUACAUGGCCUGAUUACGCAUUGACUCAAUCUAUUGUACAAUAUGGUGUUUUAUUCCUUCCUGUUGGAUGCAAGGGUUCAGUUUGUGAAGAUCUGGAAUGGCGCAUAUCGUUUUCUGUUGCAGAAAGACAGCUGAUAUUUUCAUUUUCGCAUACCCAGUUAUUGUGUUAUGCGUUAAUGAAAAUUCUUUUGAAAGAUAUUAUCAGGUAUAAACAUGAUGACCUCAUUUGCUCGUAUUUUCUUAAAACAAUAAUGUUUUGGCUAUGCGAAGAAUCGGCUGCUCACCAAUGGAGACCUGAAAUGUUCUUUAAAUGUUUCAUGAGUUGUUUACAGCGAUUAAUUUACUGUGUAGAAUAUGAAACAUGUCUUCAUUACUUUAUCCCUGAUAACAAUCUGUUUGAAGGUAGAUUUUUAUUCGAACAUCAAAAUGCAUUACUUGAAACGCUGUGUAAAAUUUACCAUUCACCGUGGAAUUAUAUUUUUCGUUCAGCGACUUUUGAAAAUUAUAGAAAAGCACAUAAAAACUCAUUUUCAUCUAAUCUGAGAGUAUCUUCAUUGACAUGCCUGAAGUAUACAUAUAUGUUUUUUCCAAGCGUUCAAUCGUCUAUAUCAUUUAAACAAAUACUUAUUCGUAUGGCAAAUCAACCAGAAAAGAAUAUAGCUACACAUCUGUUAUCAAUCACUGCAUUGCAAUUAAUACCAGAUGUUCUUAACUUAAGGGAAAGAAAUAAAUCUUCUUAUAAACAAUACCAGAUUAUGUUACGAUAUUUCAAAACGGGUGUAUAUUCCUCUUCCGUUGAGGCAUGGGCACUGUUAGCAUCAUUGUUUUAUAAAUGUGGCCGGUACAGGGAAUGCAUUAAAAUACUGAACUACAGUCUGUCUAAGUGCACUGGAGAUAAUAUAUUGAUCACUGGCAGUUUAAACAAUGAUAUUGUUGUACAAAGUAGUUUUCAAGACCUUAAGCAGACAUUAGGCUUGUUUUUGGCGUGCAAACAUUUCAUUCUUUGUGAAGUCAUAAUGAUUGAACCUUAUAACUUAUUACCGAGGGAAUUAGCACCGUUAAUUAAGGAAAGGAUUUCUAGAGUAAUAAUGUUUCCACCAGUUGUGUACAUGAACGUUUUACAAUUCCUUUGCUUACAUCAUCUAGGAGAUAGUAGUGGCAAAGUUGUCGCUUUACGAGACAUAGAACUAACUAUAAGAGAACGAUAUCACAUCAGUGAAACUGAGUACUAUUUAACAUUGGCAAAUAAAUGUUUAAGUAUAGUCAAAAGUAGGAUAUAAUUGCAUAUUGUGUUUAAAGUGUUUGGUAUGUACGUCGUGUGUGUUAAUUAAAUAAAAAUCGGGUUCUGUUCAUUAUCA